AUGCUAAAAUUUGAGGCAUUCAAGAAAUAAUAGAGACUGAUAGAAAGAUCACCUUAAUUUAUUGUGCAAUAGUUAUUAUAGAGGAAGAUAGUGUUUAUUCGCGAAAACUUAAGUUCUAAGGAGAAUUUCAUGAUUCAAGUAAUAAUUGGUGGUUAACAACCUUAGAAAGAAGAAUCAUAAGAGACAAUUUAUCUUAAGCCAGAAUGUGGUGAUCAAGUGAUGAAUGAAUUGACAAGAAUAGCAAUGUCGGAAAUCCCUGAGAACGAAUAAUUAGAGUACCAUAUAAGAGCUUAAUAAUUAUUGGAUUACUUUACAUAGAAUUAGUAUGUUAGCAACCAUUAUUUUAUAGGAUUUAAGUUUAAUAUACAACAGUUUUAUUUCAUAAGAUCAAUUAUGCAUUAGCUUUAAGAAAAUAUGGAUUAACUGAGGAAGUGAUCAAUUUAUUACUGGAUAGCGAUUAGAUUCUUAAGAUUAAAGGGAAACAAUUAAAAAAGCAACCUAUUGAUAUUCAAUUACUAGCUAGAAUUGUAUAAAAUAAACUUAUGCGAUUACGUAUCAUCUUUUAAUGUACUUUAUUAUUUUCUGAAAGCAGAAGGUAAUAAUAUAAUCUAAUAUAAUAGAAACAAAUAAGCAUUAGAAUUAGCAAAAAGUGCAUUAAAAUAAUUGAAGGUUAUUUUUGAAACAACAAUCAAAUUAUGUUAGUAAAUGAAUCUAACUAAUUUAAUAAAUAAGAAAUAAAGAGCAAAUUCAGAAAUGAAUCUAGCCACCAUAACAUCAUAGCAACCCUAAAAAUUAUCAUACAGUUAGAUUGUUGAAAUAGUAUUCAAAGAAAUAUUAGUACUCAUUAAAUGUUCAAUGCCAUAAUCCUAAUUUGAAGAUAAGAAUACUUAAAUUAUUAGAAGUUAUCAUAGUAGAAGUUAAUCUUUAGAUAAAUUUAGUGAAUAGAUUUCUAUUGGAAAUACUAGUAAUUAAAAUAAUAAAUUAUAUCCAAAUCUUAAUGAUAAUCAUCCUAUGUUAUAAAUGUAGAUUCUAGGUUUGAUGCAAAUGACAUAAGUAGACAUAGAAGAAUUAUAUCCUAUUAGUAAUCCUGAAAUGGUAAUUACAGAAGAAGUCAUACUUGAAUUAAUUAUGCUUGCUGGAUUAAGUUUUUAUAGUAUAUCAACAGAAUUAAGAUUUAUUAAUUCUAAUUUUGAUAAUAGAUCUAAUCUUGAAAUUUGGUUAUGUAAAAGUCUCGAAAUCUAUUAUACUUAUGUUCCUCAUAUGUCAUAGAUUUUUAAUUAAAUUUAUUAAGUUUAUAAGAAACUAUAUGGUGUAGAUAAAUAAAUGAUACCUGAAGAUUAAGAAAUUACACAUUUAACAAAAUUAUUAAGACCAAAUUAAUUUAAUAAUAAAGCUACAUUGGCUAAUAAAGUAGUAAUAGUAAUUAAAGUACCUGAUGGUCCAGGAUCUAUAAUUAAACAUGCUAAUACUUAAUAAAAAACAAUACCAUCUAAUAAAACAAGCAAGAAGUAUUAUAUAUAUAUAUAUAUAAUAGACAUUUAUUAACAUAAGUUGAAGAUUAAGAAGAUACAGGAAGAUCUCCUAGUAGAUUAUUUUUAAAACCAACUAAAACUUAAUAACCUUUGGAAAUAAAAUAAAGAGUUGAGUUUCUAAUGAAUCAAAUAUUAACUUAAUAAUAAAAAUUAAGUAAGGAGAAAAUGAAAGUUAUUAAGAGUAGAUUGAAACCUGAACUUAGUAAUGGUAUUGUAGGUAUUACUCCAUCUACAAAUACUACUAAUAAUACUACAUAAAAUACAACAUAAAAUUCAGCAAAAUCACCUCCAAAACUAUUGAGUCGUUCUCUCUCGAAUUCUCGUAAAGCUAGUCAAUGUAUAGUUCCUGCUUAAUUAAAUAUUCAGCAAGCAUUGCAUCAAACUAGAACAGCAUAAUUAAAGUAUAGAUAUCGGAAUCAAUUUAAUACACUACCUAUUGAAGAGAGUCCUACAUAAUUUAGUAGUACAAGAAAACAAGGAACUUUAGAUUCGGCAAAAAAAUAAUACCAAAAUAAAUAUUAAUUAGUACUUUAGUAGAAAUUACAGAACCUCAAUUGA